AUGAGACUGUAUAUAUCUACAUCCCAACAAUGAGUUGUUGGUGUGAAACCCUUGAAGAUCUGCCCCAACGACUAUCUGGAGUUCAUGCGCACCGCGAGCGACCCAGCGAUGCUUGGGUGAAGUACCGUUGGAGUAUAAGAGCCUUCCCCGAAGAGCGCAUCCCUCAUAAUUGUCUGCGAACCAAACCUCACGCAGCGUUGGAAAAGGUAGCUCUCGCCUUUUGUCCACUCCAUCACAUCACCUAUUAACCGAGAAAAAGUUCGGCUCACUCUUGGGACGGGGAUCCCCGCGGAUUUUUCGAGGUGUGAUGUUUCCCCGUGUCUCAUUACCCCAACCCACACAAUCCCCUUUGUUUGAGAAGAGAGACGGGAGCAGAGAUUGAACGCGGGAAAGCUGAUAGCGAAAUAUUUUCCAGGGUCCGAGCUAUACCGCUAAGAGUUUUGAUUUGCUUGGGCGGCAGACUUGAAUAGUUGAACGGUAAUCCUAAGGAUCUGACGCAUAUGCCCCGGGAUUGGGCUUAUAUUUUUCAAUAAACUGGCCAUCGUUUAUUCAUAUAUCUGGCACAAGGAAUAAGUGAGUUAAUUGCAAGAGUCAGGGUGGUCGCCUCCGGGAUCUUUUUGGACAGAACCUGCCUCUUUCCAGGAGAAAUCGUCAACGCCCGAAGGAGUGCGUCAAGGCAAGAACAUCUUCUUCGGUCGUGAGUGAAAGCGACAACCGCUACGAUGUACGACCCCCUCAUCGACAAAGCGACGAACAUGACCCACAUCUACAACGACUUCAGCAACCCCAGCACGCACGUCCAGGACCACUACGACUAUUCGGACGAUUCGGCACCCAGCGAUGACGGCGAGCUCUUCCCCCGGGUCCACAUGGCGGCCAAGGCUGCACUGGGCUUGAGCUACACACUCAUGAUCCCCGUUUGCGGGAUCGGGAAUCUACUUCUUUGUUGCGUCAUCUACCGCUUCCGACGCAUGCGCACGACAACAAAUCUCCUCAUCGGGAAUCUAGCGCUGUCCGAUUUUAUCGUUGCCGCGGUAGUGGCACCCUUUAACUUCUUCUACUACCUGCACCAGACGUGGCCCUUCGGCGAGGCUAUGUGCGUGACCGUCGGCUUCUUGAAGGCUACGUCAUUCUAUGUAUCGAUCAAUUCACUGCUGGCGAUCGCUAUUGACAGGUACAUCAUCAUAAUGCACCCCUUAAAGCCUAGGAUGACGACUUACACUGCAUGUUUCGUUCUUUGUUUCAUCUGGGUCUUCUCUCUCGCAAUCGUUAUUCCAACGGCCCUUUACUCCGGAACCCACGACUACUAUUUCAACGGCGGCGGCGAAAAUAUCCACGUCACACAGUGCAGCGAGCGCUGGCCCAACAGCAAGGCGAUGAAAGCCUACACCCUAGUCCUAGUCAUCGGCGAGUUCCUUCUGCCGCUUACUAUCAUGUCGGUGACGUAUUUUCUGAUAGCUCGCAAGCUCUGGUUCCGUCGUGUUCCAGGUGGACAUGCCACUGAGCAACAGGAAAUGGCUGCUGAAUCCUCCAAACGCCGUACCGUCCGGCUUCUGAUCAUUGUGGUGGCGCUCUUCGCGUUUUGUUGGGCACCUUAUCAUAUGUUUGCCAUCAUGCGUGACAUCGUCUUCCCCAGCUACCAGGAGUCGCACCUGACCCUGUUCCUGACCGUCUUCUAUCUGGUAGAAGCCUUAGCCAUGAGUAACAGUAUGUUCAACACCCUAAUCUAUGUGGUCUUCAACGCCAACGUCCGAAAGUAUGUCCUGCAAAUACCAGAUUCGUGUCGACGCCUCAAGCCAAGCGACAAGGCUACCGUGCGCUACUGGCAUCCGCUGGCGACGCGCACCAGUUCUCAUUGCAUGCGCAGUUCGGUAAGGUCAAGUCAACUCCGCACCAACACAACCUCCAUUUCCACCCGCCUCACCAUAAAUCUCAACCGACCGACGUCGUGUUCAUCAGGCCCUCAAAGUGGAACCGUGCAUGAUCUUAAAUGCUGAUGGUAUUCUGGUCUGGUCAGUAUGGUUCCGAAGGAAUUUGUUCCAGAGGAAUUGCUGAACUCCGAACUCGAUGACAACAUAGUACACUAGCUUCAAUCAGUUUCACCCACCCCGUCUCACUCAUCUUUGCUAAAACAUGGCUACUCAUUCGCGAAAGAUUAUCGAUAUUAUACCAGAUGAAGAAUACCCAAACGCGACACAAAUCGGACGAACACCCAGACGCUUGCCGUUGGGUGAAACAAUAUUUGUACAUUUAUAAAAACGAGGACACCGACUACAUCAGAAUGUGACUCAAUCAGUCAACUAAUAAUCGUUGUACACUAGGUUCACGGUUAGUGUUAUAUGUUCAAACUUGUAUUCACUAACUGAACUUAAUUCCCAGGGAGGGAGAACAAAAAUAGAAUAAGGGAAGUAAAUAUUGUGACCCAACCGGUAUUUCAUGAGAAAUGUAGACUAAAGACUUUCAUGUUCAUAUGCGCACUGUAGGUUAAAUAUCGAACCCUUUCAAGGUCCCUUUAGUAGCACCUUUAGGGUGCAUAUUUUGUACAUGAUUGAGUGUAUGUCUUAAAGGUAAAGGACAGUAUUGGAAACGCCCCAAUUUCAAAAAAUGAAA